AUGCUCAAACAACUCUCAAAUAAAAAGUAAAUCAAGAAGUUAAAAAAGACAAUUCAAAAAUCUCUAAAUAAUGAAGUUCCAAUCCCAGUGUUAGAAGUUUAAGAAAAAUUGAAUAAAGAAAUCGUAACUUUUAUACUUGAUGGAGCAGUCUUAUAAUUAGGAUAAUUGAAAUCAUCAAAAGUUUUACUAAAUUUUGAAGAUCAUUCUAAUUUUAUAACAAAACGAUUAGGAAGGAAUCCAGAAGAUUUCAGGUAUAACUAAAUUAAGCAAAAGGCCAGACAUAGUACAUUAAAGUUUGUUAACACUUCUUGAUAGUCCACUUAAUAAAGCAGGAUUAAUGAAAGUAUUGAUAAGAACAGAAGACAAUAGAUUAAUUGAAAUAAAUCCAGUUACGAAAAUACCAAGAACUUUUAAAAGAUUUAGUGGAAUGAUAGCAAAAUUAUUAGAAACAGCUAAAAUUUAAUCGGAAGAUCAAAUAUUACUCUAAAUACAUAAUGAUACAGUUUAAGAAUAUUUUUCGAAUGAAGCUUUCAUUGUAGCUACAUCACAUAAAGCUAAAUUAGUUGAUCUAUAAGAAUAUAUUUAGAAAAAACAUAAUGUAUAAUAUAAAAUUAUUUUAGAUUGUAUUUGUUAUAGGAGCAGUAGCUAAAGGCAACCCAGGAUUAGAAUGUAAGUUUAGUAAUGAUUGUAUUUCGAUUUCAAGAUAUUAAUUAAGCACAGCAAAUUGUCUAUCUAAGAUUAUUGAUGCAUUUGAGUAAUAUUAUUCAAUAAUUUGAUUAAUAAUAUUUAAUGAUAUACCC